AGGAGGGGCCCGGUUUGUUUUUGUGUGACGGAACCAAAUGUUUUGUUUUUGUAUUCCGGUGAAAAUGGCGUCGAGGAGCUAACACAGAAAGCUACCAGGCUAAUCUCUGCUCAGUGACCUUGCAUCGGCCUACAAGAAGACAAAGCCAUGGGUAAUACGAGCAGUGAGAGGGCGGCGAUGGGCCAGGGAGAGAAGGCUCAGCGGAGGGACAGCAGAGGUGCGAAGGAGGGCGAGAGGCCCAAAAUCCUGAUGGACAGCCCUGAAGAUGCAGAUAUUUUUCAUGGUGAAGAUAUGAAGGCUCCUUUAGAGAAAGAGGAGUUUCUUGCGUGGCAGCAAGACUUAGAAGCAGAAGACAAAGGUCCAACUUUAGACAGACCAACAGUCUUUCGCUGGACUGGAGAUGGCAAAGAGGUCUUUCUCUCUGGGUCCUUUAACAACUGGGCCAACAAGAUACCACUUAUUAGAAGUCAAAACACCUUUGUGGCCAUUGUCGAUCUGCCUGAGGGGGAGCAUCAGUACAAGUUUUAUGUAGAUGGUCAGUGGACCCACGACCCAACUGAGCCGGUUGUAACCAGCCAGCUCGGCACAGUCAACAACAUCAUCCAGGUGAAGAAAACCGACUUUGAGGUGUUUGACGCUCUGAUGGUGGACUCGCAGAAAUGUUCUGACAUGUCAGACCUCUCCAGCUCCCCUCCCGGGCCAUAUCAUCAGGACGCCUAUAUUCCGAAACAGGAAGAGAAGUUCAAGUCUCCGCCCAUUCUCCCUCCGCACCUACUACAGGUCAUCCUCAACAAAGACACUGGGAUUUCUUGUGAUCCUGCUUUACUCCCAGAGCCCAACCAUGUCAUGCUCAACCACCUCUAUGCUCUGUCCAUUAAGGAUGGGGUGAUGGUGCUCAGUGCGACACAUCGCUACAAGAAGAAUUGCAACACCAGUUUCUACAAAGCGAGGCUUGAGAUGAAGAAUUAAGGUUAAUGGAGAAGAUGCCAUAGUUGGAAACAAAUCUUUAAAGAUAGUUGACAGUGACCAAGUGAUGGACGUUGGCUUGAAGAACCACAAAACUGACAAAGGGAACCGCAAGAGGAUCAUGUAACAGACUGGAACUGUUACUGAGCAGUGAGCACUCACACACGUGUUGCUUCAACACUUGUGAGUGGUUCUCUUUAUUUAUUUAUUUCUCGGGGGGAACAAAAGUGGCUUGCCUUUAACAUGUGAUGCUAGCUGUCCAUGCAAUGCUAAAGGGAAGUCACAGGAAAUCGAUUUCACAAGCAGAAGAACCUUCACCAGUUUCAGCUGCUGCCUCCGCCUCCUCUCUCAACUAUCAUUUCGAUGUUUGACGUCAGGAAUGAAAAUGUUUCUGCAUUAAUGUGAUUGGCUAGCGCCUGCUCUUGAUUGGCUGGGGUUAAAAAAAAGUUGAACUUAUCUCAACUUCUACGACACGCAGCUCAGAGCGAAGUGAAACAAAGGUUGAGGUCUGGCACGUGUGAGAGCCGCGUUACUGAGGAGUUUGUGUUGUCGUCAACGUGUUUGUGUUGUUAAUGAUCUGUGUUUGUGUCAUGACUUUUGAAGGACAGAGUUUGAAGCUAAGAUUAUGACUUGAAACAUCAAUGUAUAUAUUUGUCACAUGAUGAUAUGUGGGUUUAACAGCCGUGAACAAAAAGACGACUGCGUGUAUUGCGGGCCAGGAUAGAGGCUGAGGAUCUUCUCAGUAAAGGUCUCUUUGUUUUUUGUUUUUUUUGUCUCUGCUGUUGUCUCAGAAUAUUGAUGCUCGACAUUCAGAUAAAUUGCAGUGUCAUUAAAUUAAAAGUGUUGUUGAGCCUUUGAAUCGUGCUGGUUGCAUGAACACUUUCCAUUUUGAGAGAUAUAUGUAAUAAAGACCCUGUUACA